UCCUGCAGCGCUUCUGUGAUACUCUCAAGCCACGCCUUCGCCUCGUCCAGCAAAUUCCUCGACAGCCCAUGCCUGCCAUGAACAGCUUCUUUCGUGCUCUCCUCCUGUGUUGUGUAGGCUGUAGAUUCUGUGCACGCGGCGCUUCCUAGUCUGCCCCCCCUCCUCCAGCAUCGUGCAUCGUCGACAACCUCUCUGUAGCUAUGCUUCGUCGUCCUACUUCGACCCGCCCUGUUUGCGGCCCUCAGUCAUAUUAGUCUCCCAUGCCGCUUCCAUUCUCCCAUACCCACAGCAGUAUUUGAGCCGCCUCCGAGUACGCUUCACUCACCACACUGCACCAUGGCUUCGGUGCUGUCACUCCCAACCCAGGGCCCGUUCAAGCGUUCCUUCAGCGACAACCAUUCGUUGACAUCGCUCAAGGACGAUGCCAUUGGCACCCUUCGCGCCAUCACCUCAAGAAACCUCUCAGCGUGUUCGCUGUUUACAAUUGCGGCCAUUGGGUCAGGGGAAUGGCCGGCUGGCAGGGAAAACACUCCACCUCUCCUAACCUCCCCCUCCCUGCUCGACCUCAGUCACGACAGCCCGGAUCGAGGGGUUGACACUAGGAACACAGGCCCUGCAGGCCAAUCACACCGGACCACAUACCGGGUAGAGCCAUCCGUUGCCCGCUGUGCAACGUCCACAAGCCAUGACACGGCGCAGAUUCCUUUGCCCGAUGAUCGCAACCCUCAGGAUCCGAUUCUCGGAAUUGGACCUGAGCCGGAGCGUCCGCCGGAGAUCUCGGGCGCCCCUCCAUUCCGACGAUGGAUGAGCAUAUUACGGAGGCGUCAUCUAUAUCAAGACGCGAGUUCUAUCAUCUCUUCAUUCCAUGACGACUCUGGUGUUUAUCCUCUGGAUCGGUCCACUUCAGUGCAAUCCGCUGAAUCACACCCUACGUACUCGGAUUCUGCCUCCUCGUCCCUUGGGUUUGUUACGAGGGUGAAGACAGCGUCUUUGACUGUUUCAGGAGCAAGCAUCACCACGGCCUCGGAGCGAACUAGCGUCCAGAAUAAACCCUGUUCAAGGACGAGAGCGGGCACGCUACCUGAAAUACGCAGGUCGACAGACAGCACUGCUACGAACCUUGGCACGACGCUGGAUGAAGAUGCUUGGCUGCGAUCACUGCAGCGUCGUCAAAUCGUGGAAGAAAUCGUCUCUUCCGAGGAAAGCUACGUUGCCGACUUGAAGACCCUGUCCAAUGACUACUUCACACUUGUGAGCACCAUUCCUGCUAUAUCAAGCAGGGCGCGCACAUGUAUCCAGCACAACAUCAAUCAGAUCCUGCAAUUGCAUCAAGACCUUCUUCGCGAGCUUCAUCGCGUUGUGCCUCAUGCGGACUUUACACAGAGUGUGGUCCAGCGGGAGACAUAUCCAGCUGCAAGACCCAAGCACAUCCGGUUCCACAGUGUGGAUUUGAUCCCUGUGAAGCUUGCCGAACCUAACGCAACUCAGAGAUUGAGACAUUCUUUGGAGCUUGGAAGACCACCUGAUAAGCGGUCUCAAGCGUUGAUACUAGAUACUCAGACUGCUGGAAAUAUUGCCAAAGUCUUCAAUGCCCAUAUGAGCCGCUUUUUCGCAUAUGAGGAAUACGGAGCACAUUGGACCACUAUGUCGAAGAAUCUCGCCAUGAUGUGUAAAAGCAGCCAAGGGUGGAAUGAAUAUGAGCGCGGCGUCGAAGCACUUUCAAAACUAGUCACGUCGGACAACAACCGUGGUUUGGGCAGCCGGAAAGCGCUGGCUUUCUCUGAUCUGUUAAUCAAGCCGAUCCAACGUGUCUGCAAGUACCCUUUGUUGUUCAAUGAGCUAUGCCGCCACACUCCCGUGUAUGACGACCCCGAGGCGCAUGCGGAACUGGAAAAGAUUGUCCUUCGCCUGCAAGAGACGAUUCACGAGGUCAACAAGGCAAAGGACGAUCCGAAAACCAGAAAACUCCUUGAGAUAGCCUGGCAAUUGCAAGACCGAUUGGACUUUCCAAUUCAAACCCCUUCCCGAGUCCACUUCUGCCGUUCACUGGGCCAUGUCCUCGUCUGCGGGGUUCUGCAUGUCGCCUAUCAGACUCCUGAGCGUGUCACAGGUCAAUAUAUGAUCUGUAUCUUGUACAGAUCAUGUGUUCUGCUUGCCACUGCAAACCGUAACCUUCCGCCAUACAGUGUGGUUGCCUCUAUCCCUCUAGCUAAUGCCAGUGUGGAGGAGGCAGAUAAUGGCAGAGGCCUCCAAUGCCAUACCGCGCCCUACACGUGGAAACUCAUCUUUGAAGAUUGCUACCGGCUCCAUGAGCUCAUCUUGAGUGCCUGCUCCGCUGAGGAAGAGGAGGUGUGGAAGAGCAAGUUGCAGGAACGGAUAGCAUGCGAGACACAUGGUUUCGUUGAGGCGCAGGCCACGGAGCACGAUACAUCCUCAUCCUUGACCCUGGACAUCAAGCCUAUCGGGCCCGUCUUUGGACAUGCAGACAGUACGGUGAGGCGUAUGUCUGUCCAUCGCUCCGUCACCCUUCGGGAGAAGCCAUGCACAACCCAGGUCAUCAUCAAAAACACCCAGGCGCAGAAGUUGUCAGAAAAUCCGGGCCCUUCUGCGCCAAAUCUGGUUACGCGAUCGCUAUCGCUGACUUCUACAACCCACAUAGCGACGCUGGCACCCAGGCGGGCCGAACGGAUUCGGCUCGAAAUCGCACUGGAAGACGUCUGGACGAAAGAUGUACUGCCCUUCCCAGGCAUGAGCAACCGAAGGGUUGAAGACCAGAUUCGUGCUUCGGCAAACUCUGUCAUGCGGAAACUCAGCGUCGCAAGCAUUGCAAGUAAUUUCUCACGCCGCUCUCCCAGCGUAUCCAGCAUCAAAAAUGCAUACUCAGAUGAGUCCUGCAGGAGUCGAACGCACCGAAAAACCAAAUCAGAUAGCCGAGCACGGACGUCAACCGAUCGGAGGGUUGUGCCUGUCCGUGUUGACUUCCAUGCUUCGCCAGUAGCGUCUGUCCUUCCGGAUUUCGAGCUUCGGAACCCAGGGCCAGCAGAGCGCCGGCGUUGGACGGCCAAUCCACCUGCUGAUCCUGAAUUCCUGCCCCAACGCACUGGUGAGGUGGAUCCAUGCAAUGAACCCAAGCAUGCGCGUCGACUUUCGGCCCAACUCACCAACCACCCGCGAACGAAUAAAGACCACCGUGCGAAUACACGAACAGCUUCGGUCGCAUCCGAUUCUACUAUAACUCACAAGCCAGAACUCAAAGCCCCGCUACAGCAGAACGAGAAACGAAAGAAUACGGAUCCAAGGGGGACUCUGUCUGCGAAGGGUGCCUUGGGCGACUUGCAACGGACGAAGGCCUUGAAGAACAAAAGCCAGAUGUUCAAGUUCUGGAUUUAACUCGGCACUUCCGAUACGUGCUUGUUGAACCAACCCCUUUAAUGGUGUUAUUUUAAAUGUUGGGAGGGAGCGAGGGAAGAGUCAAUUGGACCGCGGGCAUUGCGACAGACAUAGGUUGCAUUAUGGAGAAGGGUUUUCGGGUCCAACAUGUGUUAGCUUCAUUCGAGCAGGUUCUACCAGGCGCAUACCUUAAUGUUGGGGUUUAUGUGUGGAGUUAGUUUUGGUCGGAGGAGGCUGUUGCGUUCCUCAACGUCAAGGCAGUCGGGAAUAGCGCGACCUGGUGGUGCCCAGGUGCAUCUCCGCACAUGAGCUCACAUGUUGUUGAUAG